UAAACCCCUCUUUGUUCUCCCACGAGCGAGCCAGGAAACGGCAGAGGAGCGGGAGAUCGAGUCCGGUCGCGAGGGAGGAAGAAACCCUAACCCUUCUCCUCCAGGAACACCAUCCUCUGCUUUUGAUCUGCUUUGAAGGGAUGCCGCGCGAGAUCAUAACCAUUCAGGUGGGGCAAUGCGGCAACCAGAUCGGCAUGGAGUUCUGGAAGCAGCUCUGCCUCGAGCACGGCAUCGGCAAGGACGGCCUCCUCGAAGAUUUCGCCACUCAGGGUGGUGACAGGAAGGAUGUCUUCUUCUAUCAAGCAGAUGAUCAACACUACAUACCAAGAGCUCUUCUAAUGGAUCUAGAACCAAGGGUUAUUAAUGGCAUACAAAAUAGUGAAUACAGAAACCUUUACAAUCAUGAAAACAUUUUUGUCUCAGAUCAUGGAGGUGGUGCCGGAAACAACUGGGCUAGUGGAUAUCACCAGGGAGAGCAAGUUGUAGAUGAUAUCAUGGACAUGGUUGACCGAGAAGCAGAUGGAAGUGAUAGCCUUGAAGGUUUUGUUCUAUGCCACUCGAUUGCUGGUGGAACCGGAUCAGGUAUGGGGUCAUAUCUGCUGGAGACUCUUAAUGACCGUUAUAGCAAAAAACUCGUCCAGACUUACAGUGUGUUUCCCAACCAGAUGGAAACUAGUGAUGUGGUUGUCCAGCCGUAUAACUCACUCUUGACUCUGAAGAGGUUGACACUGAAUGCUGAUUGUGUUGUUGUUCUUGAUAAUACGGCACUAAAUAGGAUUGCCGUGGAACGCCUUCACCUGUCAAAUCCCACCUUUGCGCAAACAAACUCUUUGGUUUCCACAGUAAUGUCUGCCAGUACAACUACUCUGCGUUACCCGGGAUACAUGAACAAUGAUUUGGUUGGCCUCCUUGCCUCUCUAAUUCCAACUCCGAGAUGCCAUUUUCUAAUGACAGGAUAUACACCGCUUACUGUAGAACGGCAGGUUAAUAUGAUUCGUAAAACUACCGUGCUAGAUGUGAUGAGAAGACUCUUGCAGGCAAAAAAUAUCAUGGUGUCUUCUUAUGCCCGCACAAAAGAGGCUAGUCAAGCUAAAUACAUAUCCAUAUUAAAUAUCAUUCAGGGAGAUGUGGACCCUACACAGGUACAUGAAAGCUUACAAAGGAUACGGGAAAGAAAACUUGUCAAUUUUAUUGAGUGGGGCCCAGCUAGCAUUCAGGUUGCAUUAUCUAGAAAAUCACCCUACAUCCAAACCACUCACCGGGUAAGCGGUUUAAUGCUAGCAAACCAUACCAGCAUUCGACAUCUUUUCAGCAAGUGCCUGGGCCAGUAUGAAAAGCUAAGGAAAAAGCAGGCCUUCCUUGACAAUUAUCGAAAGUUUCCAAUGUUCGCUGACAAUGAUCUUUCUGAAUUUGAUGAGUCUCGGGAAGUUAUAGAAAGCUUGGUUGAGGAGUACAAGGCCUGCGAAUCUCCAGAUUACAUCAAAUGGGGAAUGGAGGAACAAGGGGAGGCCAGCGUUGCAGCAGCACUAGACUCGAAGCUAGUAAUGUAACGAUCGAGUAAAGCAGCACUGUGUUCGUUUACUCUGAAAUUGUGGUUUAUUGUCAUCAGGGAUGAAAUUGGUUGACCAAAAUGAAGUUAAACAUUAUCCGAACCGCUUCUCAUGUCAUGGUGAAGGCAAGUAUAAAAAGCUUGUAUAGAUGAUUGGAAAUGUUUAGCAAUCUUCCCGCUUUAAUGUUGCUUGUAUGUUGUGUGAUAUGGAUGUGCUUGAUGAAAGGUUGUUACUUGUCAUCGAGAAGCUUUAACUAUCUUGCUUACUCAUGUCGGACAUGAUCUUGUCAAGUUUUACAAUGUAAAACCUAAACUACUAUUACAUCUUGUGCAUAUUGCAAUUGGUAA